GCUCUUAAAAUUCUGAGUACUUGGCAGGGGAGAAAAUGUCAGGAAGAGGCAAGGGAGGAAAGGGAUUGGGAAAAGGUGGAGCGAAGAGGCAUCGUAAAGUGCUGAGAGAUAACAUUCAAGGUAUCACGAAGCCUGCAAUUCGUCGUCUCGCGAGGCGUGGAGGUGUCAAACGUAUUAGUGGCUUGAUCUAUGAAGAGACACGAGGUGUUCUCAAGAUCUUCCUUGAAAACGUUAUUCGUGAUGCGGUUACCUACACUGAGCAUGCUCGGAGGAAGACGGUGACUGCCAUGGAUGUGGUUUAUGCUCUCAAGAGACAAGGCAGGACUCUCUAUGGAUUUGGGGGUUAGGGUUGUU